AUUGUCAAAACGGCUGUUGUUUACAAAAUACGUUGAAAAAUAAAUAAAUUCGAAAAUUCAAUAAUUACCAUGGAUUGUCGGCUUUAUGAAACUAAAUUAGCGCGACAUAAAAUAUUUAAAGAUAUUAAAGAAAGUUUGCAUGUGUCCGAUGCAAAAUUGCGUAAUUUAUUCGAGUUUAAAGACGAUGUUUUGUACGUCUGGAACUCUGAUGAAAACUGCUUAUAUAGUGUUAAUUUGAAGCGGCUAGAGGAACAGGAUACAGAAACACCUUACCAGAAACUUCACCUGCUAACUCCACCUGCAUUCUCAGUUGAGCAUGUGAUCAGCAGUGAAUGUGGCAGUAGACUUUGUAUAUGGGGCUCCAGGGGAGUAACCGUGGCAGUGCUGCCAACACGAUGGGGACGCGGUGGACUCUUCGACUCUGGCAGUCAAACAGUCUUGUGCAAGAGCUUCUCCUUAGACGAAAAGUUCCUGUACCUGCAAGGAGAGAUACACCGCGUGCACUGGCAUCCCAAGUCCCUUUCACAUGUGCUGGUGCUGGUGUCUGAUAACACCAUGAGGCUCUACAAUAUAGGCCUGAAGUCUGGCCCGAAGUUAGUGAAAGUGUUCAGUAUGGGACCGAAACCAGCCGGCGCGUUAGGACGAACCGUUCUCGAAAGUUUUGGCGAUGCAGCCGUGGACUUCACACCUACCCCUGACUCGGAACAUCUGCUGAUAUUGAGCGGCAAUGGAGAUGUGUAUAUGAUGCCGUGUGAUUUAGACAAUAAGAGUCCAUUAAAAACAAAACUAAAGGGACCUCUAGCGAUGUACCCACCAGCCGACGAUAACUAUGGGUCAGAGUCCUGUGCCAUAACAGCUUUGGGUGGAGUUGAUAUACCUACACUAGUGGUCAUCGCCAGUGCUUCAGCUGUGCUGUACCAUUGCUUGCUACUGCCCAAUGCUACAGAAGUAGACGACGAUAGCCACGCUCUAUACGUAGUGGAAUCUGUAGAGCUGAACAUCACAAUGGGAGAUGAACAGACGGCGCUGCAAUAUGUGUGCUCAGUGCAUUUGUAUCCAGUGGGUCGCAACACGUACGCAUGCGCGCACUCGGGCGGCGUGCACACGGUCACGCUGCCCGUCCUCGAGCGCUUGGCCGACUACGUCGCGGCGGACGAAGGUGACACAGAGUCAAUCCUUCAAGCGAUCUGUACUAAGCCCAGCUCUGCCCGGUACCUCUUGCGCACGAGCGGGGAAUCCAGCCGGGUUGUGGGCCUCGCGGUCACACCGGCGCCGCUGCGGACACUCCUCAUACUAUUAUCUUCGGGAGAUUUAAUUACAAGGACACUGGAACCCUGCAAUUUGGAAGAUCAGCUUUACAAGGAACUGCAACUCAAAAAUCCCACGUUAGAGCAAGAUGACAUCAACGCUAUACUCAAAGAGAAACAAAAGUUACCAUUCAUAUCGAUGAUAAAGGAAGUGUUGGAAAGACAAGCAUCACAGCCCAUACUCAAGUUAGACAAGAAAGAGGAACCCAGCCCUAAGGAAUGCUUAGAGUUACUGACGCAAGCGACGGUCAAACUCCGCAAUGAAUACAUUCUGCGUCAACAGCGCGCCUUGGAAGUGACCACCAGGAAGAUCGCGGCGCUCUCCGCCCUCGGCGCGCAGCAUCGCGACUGGCUUGCCGACUUGAAGAAAGAAAUUGAAAACGUGCACCAUCAAUCGACGGUACUGAAGCAAAAGCGGGCCUUGGUUGAAAAACGCCAGGAAGAUAUGAAAUACAGAUGUUCGGCGGUAGUGAGGAACUUGCGAGCGGGCGGCAGUACCGGCGAGGAGAGGCGGCUGCUGGCCGAGCUGUUGCAGCAUCAGCGGCGCGCCGUGGCCCUCGGCGACCAGAUACGUCUGCUCAAGGAACUGAAAGAGCAGCAGCAGGACGAGUUGAGGCGGUGGCGAGAAGAGUACAAGAAGAAACAAACAGUACUCGGCAAGUCUCACAGCGACACGAUAUGGUCCAUCCUGCAGCAACAAACCAGCCAGAUAUCAUCUCUUAUCGAAGAAACCAAAUUACUAAAGGAUCAACUAGGGGUAGUAUAAAAAAUAAAAUUGUUAAAUUUAGGGUUGCCACCUGCCACUUCUUGAUUUAAGGGUUACUUACCAGCACCAAAAAUACGGGUUUUUUAAUUUUUUACGGGAGACAAUAAAAAAAGCCGAGUUUAAUGAGAAUAAUAAUUUUAUUUUCAAAUUUAUACUUAUAUAAGCUAUACUUCACUACGGCAAGCGGGCGGCGCAGCGGCAGGCGGGGCAUGCACGCAGCCAAAAAAUGGGGUAACCCCUAAAAUAUGGGAGGGCAUUGGCAAUCCUAGUCAAAUUACUUAUUAUUAAACUUAAUGUUGAUUACACGCAUGUGAGUAUUGAUUAAAAUUUAUGGCGAUUUUCAUCAAAGCGUAAAAAAUUAUUAUUUUCAAUGUGAACCCGUUAGCCUUAAACAUGCAAUGCUCGACGGAAAUGUGUACAACGCGGGUUCUAGAAGUUUUGUAAUACAAGCAACUGUAUGAAGUCAUUAACACUGUGAGUUGUACUUGUAAUAACGUACGUUUCCACUGAAGCGGCGCGAGAGUUCAGAGAUUAUUGAGUGAUAAAAUUAUCACGUCGUCUAGCAAUGACCAGAUGAGUAUAUUUAUCACGUCUCCACUCCACUCCGCUUCAGUGGAAACGCACCCUUACCCGUGCUGCUGCAGUAGCGCGCCGAAAACGCCGCGCUUAGAUUUUUGUCGUUCUUCAUAUAGUUCUUUGUGUUAUAAAUCGUACAUGAGAAUGUGCGCAUUUCGUCUGACGUCGCUGUAUCCAUAAAAUUGCCUUACCACCCAAUAAAAGCAAGUAAAGCAAUUUUAUGAUCGACUAUACAUAAGGCUCGAGGGUAUAAGUGCCAAUGAAAUAAAAAAUUGUGAAUUACAUAUUUGGUUAAAACAGGAAGUAAAUAAAAGAAUUGAUCUAUUUAGUCAUUAUUUUAUUGAGAUUCAUCUCGUAAGUCUUUUUAUAUAUAUUUUUUACAUAUUCUAAUACUUUCUAAAUGAACACAAGGAUCGACUGCCGUAUAUAUUUUCACGAGUAUUACGAUAUUAGGGCCAAAAAUACAAUUAAUUUUUAAUUGUAUACUUUACUUAUCCUUACUUUUCAUACGCGACCCAUACGACUUUAUUGCCACGAACUGAGAAUUAAUUCUUCAUACAAGUGAAAAAUCUUACUCCAGAAGAUCUAAAGCGCCGAGGAAAUCGCGUCGUUUACGCGUUCCUCGUGGAAGAUUUCUGUGAUUCGUUUAUCUUUUAAGCAAACUAAGGUAAACUAAAGUAUACAAU